GUCAUCAUGGCCACAGCUUUCGAAACCGAAAUGGGUGUCAUGCCCGAACUGUCCAAAGCCGUACAAGAAAUGGACUGGAUCCUACCAACAGAUAUUCAAGGUGAAGCAGUUCCACUUAUCCUGGGUGGUGGUGACGUUUUGAUGGCUGCCGAAACAGGAAGUGGAAAGACCGGCGCCUUUUGUCUUCCAGUUAUUCAGAUUGUCUACGAAACCCUGAAGAAUUUGCAAUCUGGAAAACACACCGGUGGCCAUGCAGGAGGUGUAAAGCAACCAUUCAAGCUGAAUCCGAACGACAGAACUGAGGCAAUGGCCAUAGACGCAGAUGGUCUUCUCUGCCAAAGCCGUGAUCCUGGUGGAUGGCAUGGAGCGCGGGCAAAUCGUGGUGUGAAGAACUCCGGCAAGUAUUAUUACGAAGCCGUCGUGACGGAUGAUGGUUUAUGUCGCGUCGGUUGGUCAACUCUUAGAGCAUCGCAUGAUGUGGGAACAGAUGCUGAGAGCUUCGGUUUCGGUGGGACAGGAAAAAUGUCUCAUCGUCGUCAAUUCGACUCAUACGGAGAAUCAUUUGGGAAAGGUGAUUGCGUCGGUUGUUUUUUGGAUCUGAACAAUGGAACCAUCAGUUGGUCAAAAAAUGGAAAACUGUUUGGCAAAGCGUACGAUGUCCCUGCUCCCUUGCGCUCAGCUGGUUUAUUUCCAUCAGUGUGCUUGAAAAACGCCGAGAUUCGUUUUAACUUUGGUGCGACUGCCUUCACGCACCCCCCACCAGCAGGCUGGUUAGCUGUGAGUGCUGCUGAGGGAUCGAAUGUUAUUGAAUCAACUUUCUCAAGCUCCAGCGUCGCAAAUCGCUUUGUGCCAAAGCCUAAUGCACCACUUGCUUUGAUAAUGGAGCCGUCUCGUGAGCUGGCGGAACAAACAUGCGAGCAAAUUCGAAAGUUCAAACGUUACUUGAAGGAUCCUUGUCCACGAGAGCUUCUGAUCAUCGGAGGUGGAGAUACGAAGCGGCAACUGGACGCAUUACACAGUGGGGUUGAUAUUGUCGUCGCAACCCCCGGCCGUUUGGAUGAUCUGCUAUCCACUGGAACUCUAUCCCUCUCCAAUUGCCGAUUUUUCAUCUUGGACGAGUGUGACGGAUUGCUGUCCGCAGGUUAUGGAGAUAUGAUCACUCGCCUUCAUAGUCAGAUACCCAAAGUCACUCCUGAUGGAGGGCGAUUGCAAAUGGUCGUUUGUUCGGCUACUCUGCAUUCGUUUGAAGUGAAGAAGUUGGCUAAUAAACUGAUGCAUUUCCCUGUGUGGAUCGAUCUGAAGGGACAAGACAGCGUACCUGAAACUGUUCAUCAUGUGGUUUGUCACGUGGAUCCCUACAAGGAUGAGUCAUGGAAAGAGAAGAUGGGCCAACCACAAGGCCAUAUUCAAACUGACGGUGUACACCUGAAAGAUCGGUGUCAUCCUGGCGAUCCGUCAGCUGAGACCCUAUCUGAGGCGGUGAAGUUACUGAAGGGCGACUACGUCGUACGGGCGAUAAAGCAGCAAAAGAUGGAUCGAGCUUUGAUCUUUUGUCGUACGAAGCUGGACUGCGACAACUUGGAACAGUACUUUGUCUCACUGGGUGGAGGUCCUAACCGCCGGGACUCGCAGUUCAGCUGUGUCUGUUUGCAUAGUGAUCGAAACCCAGCUGAACGGAAGGCUAAUCUGCAAAAGUUCAAGAAUGGUGAUGUUCGAUUUCUGAUCUGUACCGAUGUGGCUGCUCGUGGGAUCGAUAUUGCCGGUCUACCUUACGUGAUCAAUGUCACCUUGCCGGAUGAAAAAGAAAAUUAUGUCCAUCGAAUUGGUCGCGUUGGCCGUGCCGAACGGUAA